AUGUCUAGAGGUCCACCCCACAUGUCAGCGCCUGUGUGCUUGAUUGAGAAUGCAGAGGGGGGACUGCGGACAGUGGAAUCAGCCCUGGACAUCCUCAGGGGGAUCCAGCAGCCUGUGGUGGUGGUGACUGUGGUGGGGUUGUACCGCACUGGCAAGUCUUACCUCAUGAAUCGGCUAGCAGGGCAACAGUCAGGCUUUGCUCUGGGCAGCACCAUUGAGUCUAAGACCAAAGGCAUCUGGAUGUGGUGUGUGCCUCACCCCUCUAAGUCAGGACAUACGCUGUUGCUGCUAGACACUGAAGGACUGGGUGAUGUCGACAAGGGUGACUCAAAGAAUGAUACCUGGAUCUUCUGUCUGGGCUUGCUGCUCAGCAGCACCCUGGUGUACAACAGCAGAGGCACCAUCGAUAACCGGGCUGUAGAGGAACUCCACUAUGUGACUAAGCUGACCGAUCACAUCCGGAUAAAGUCAGCAGGCGCGCAUGAUGAGGAUGGCGAUGAAGAGGAUGGUAAUGAAGAGGAUAGUAACUCCGUCCGCUUAUUCCCUGACUUUGUCUGGGCCGUUCGGGACUUCACUCUGGACAGGAAAAUCGAAGGUCGUGACGUGAGUGAGGACGAGUACCUGGACUUUGCCCUGCAGCUGAAGAAAGGUGUGUCCACUAAAGCGGUGACCUACAACCUCCCGAGACAGUGCAUCCGGAACUUAUUCCCAACCCGGAAGUGCUUCACCUUCCCGUUACCAAUGUUGGUGAACAACAGGACGAACCUGGACUCCAUGGCUGAGGCCGACCUUGACCCAGACUUCCUGAGUGAUGCUGACCGCUUCUGCAGUUACGUCUUUGAAGAGAGCCGCGUGAAGAUGGUACAGGGUGGCCACAAGGUCACCGGCAGCCGGUUCAGCCAUCUUGUGAAGAUCUACGUGGACACCAUCAACAGUGGCAGCGUUCCCUGUCUGGAGAAUGCUGUGGUUGCCAUGGCAGAGAUUGAAAACCAGUCGGCCAUGAAUAAGGGCUUCCAGCUCUAUGAGCAGGGCAUGGGGGAUUUGAGUAAGACCUUUCCCAUGGAUGUUGGAACUGUCUCGGCAGAACACCAACGCCUCAACGCCAUGGCAACGCAGGAAUUCCUCAAACAUUCCUUCCUUGAUGAGGAGGGGAAAUACAUGACACAGCUCUUGGAGAAGGUGUCUCAGCUCUAUGAUCAGCUGAUCACUCUGAACAUGGAGGCCUCGGAGAAGCUGUGUCGGAAGCUUCUCUUGGAUCUGUAUGGACCGAUGGCCACCAAUAUUCAGCAGGGCACCUAUGCCAAGCCAGGCGGGUAUGAGAUCUACUGCCGUGACCGAGACGCCAUGGUGGCCAAGUACCGGCAACAUGAAAAGAAGGGCAUGAAGGGGGAAGAUGUGCUGGAGGAUUUUCUCAAGGAGAAGAAAGUUGAGGCCAACUCCAUCUUGAUGGCUGAUGAGAAACUCACGGAGGCCGACAAGAAGAUAGCCGAGGCCCGUGAGCAGGCGAGGGUGCAGGAGCAGAAGCUCAAGGCCGAGGAGCAGCGGUCUCAGGACCUGCAGCGUACCAUGGAGCGUCGCAGCCAGGAGGAGCGUCGCAGCCAGGAGGAGCGCAUGAGGCACCUGGAGGAAAAGCAGCUCAGGCACAAGGAGUUGAAGGAGCAUAGGGGGAUGCUGGAGAAGGGUUUCAUGUACCAGCCUGAGAUCAAGGGCCAGGAGAUCAAACAAUUCAAUACAAAUCUGUGCGUCAUGAAUGCUCCCGGUCCUGCUCCAUUCGCUGCCCCGGCUAAAGCCCCCAAGAAGAAGGCCCCACGUCCCAAGAAGGCAGGACUCAGCGUCGACGAUCUCGUCGUGAAAGCUGUGUCAGCAUCCAAGGAAAAGAAAGGCGACUCUCUCGCCACUGUGAAGAAGGCUUUAGCUGCUGGUGGAUAUGACGUCGAGAAGAACAACACUUCAGUCAAGUUGGCCGUCAAGAGUCUCGUUUCCAAGGGUACUUUGGUCCCAUCAAAGGGCCCUGGAGCGUCCGGCUCCUUCAAGCUGAACAAGCAGGCAGAAGCCAAGAAGAAGCCCGUUAAGAAGGCUGCUCCCAAGGCGAAGGUGCCGGCUGCUAAGAAACCCCCAGCGGCAAAGAGGCCCAUAAAGAUAUUGGCUAAGAAGCCAGCGGCUGCUAAGAAGUCUCAGAAGAUGGCGAAGAAACCCGCAGCCCCCAAGAAGGCCACCAAAAAGGCUAAGAAGCCUGCGCCACCCAAGAAGGCAAAACAGCCUAAAGUCGCCCAACAAAAAAAGGCAGCUCAUAAGAAAAAGUAA